GGACAGAGAAAUCUAAUUGCAUGGAAGAACACACUGAAGAAAAAGGCCUGAAAAAAUGAGAAUGACAAUGGGAAGACACUGGAUAUUUCUGGAAAGGGACUAAAGCAACUCUUCUGUGGCUCCUGGUCAAACCUCUAUUCCACUAUGUCACCACUCAACCAAACUACUGAGAACCACCAGAGCUUCUUCACCCUGACUGGGAUUCCAGGAAUGCCAGAGAAAGACUUAUGGAUGGCCUUGCCCCUCUGUCUUCUUUACAGCACCACGAUCUUGGGAAAUGUCACCAUCCUUGUUGUCAUCAAAGUUGAGCAAAGUCUCCAUGAGCCCAUGUAUUAUUUUCUAGCCAUGUUAGCUGCCACUGACCUCAGCCUUUCACUGUCUUCCAUGCCUACAAUUGUCAGUGUUCACUGGUUCAACUGGCGUUCAAUAACUUUUAAUGGCUGCCUUAUCCAGAUGUUCUUCAUCCACACAUUUGGAGGAGUGGAAUCAGGUGUUCUGGUGGCCAUGGCCUUUGAUCGCUUUGUGGCCAUCCGCUUUCCUUUGCACUAUGCUACAAUUCUCACUCACAGUGUCAUCAGCAAGACUGCAGCAGCCAUCCUGCUACGGAGUGUGGGGGCUGUGCUUCCUGUGCCUUUUCUCAUCAAAAGGUUACCUUUCUGUCACUCCAAUGUCCUCUCCCAUGCGUACUGCCUCCAUCAGGAUGCCAUGAGGCUUGCCUGUGCUGACACCAGUGUCAAUAGCAUCUAUGGCCUGCUGGCUGUGAUCUUCAUCAUUGUACUAGAUGCCUUGAUACUUUUGGCCUCUUACAUUCUAAUCCUCCAGGCAGUAUUGAGCAUUGCUUCCCAGGAAGAGAGGCUCAAGGCUCUCAACACCUGUCUCUCUCAUAUCUGUGCAGUGCUGCUUUUCUAUGUGCCUCUCAUUGGUAUGACCCUAAUUCAUCGCUAUGGAAAGCAUUUGUCACCACUAAUACACACGUUCAUGGCCAAUAUCUACCUGCUUCUCCCUCCUGUGCUCAAUCCCAUUGUGUACAGUGUUAGGACCAAGCAGAUCCGAUGGCGGAUUAUCCAGGCCUUUUGUGGGGCUAGGGUUAGUGCUUAAUGGCAUCUACUAUUUCCAUGUAAAUGCAAUCAAGUUAGAGAAGAGUAUCAAAUACAGCACUAUCCAAUAGAAAUCCCCACAGAAGUGGAUAUUUUCUAUUUCUCUGCUGUUUAGUAACUAGUAGCCGUACAUGGUUAUUAAUUGCUUGAAAUUUUGCUAGUGCAAGCUGAGGAACUGAAUUUUAAAUGUACUUAAUUUUAAUUGAUUUAAAUGUAAAUUUAAGUAGUCAUAUGUAACUAGUAGCUGCUGUAUCGAACAGUACAAAUACAAUGGGUUGUGAAAUGAAACUGCAUAAUGGUUUCGAUGAGAGCAAUAAUUUAUUUUAGCUUGAUAAAACAUAAAAUUUUAUACUUUAAAAUUGUAUAUAAUAAAUUUUCAAACAUUUAUGUAUAAUAAAAUUUACUCACUUUGGUAUAUCGUUUUACAAGUUUUGACAAAUGCAUUGUGUUACCACCACUGAAACAAAGAUACAGAACAAUUUUAUCACUUCCCCAAAUUUCUUUAUGCUGCCCAUUUGUGGUCAACCACUCUAUUAUCACCCAACAGAGGGCAAGCAUUGACUGGCAAGCAUUGAUUGGCUCUCCUUCCCUAUAAUGAUUAUUUUUCCAGAGUGGCAUGCAAAUGAAACCUUGCAUUAUGCAGUC